AUGUGCCACCGCGAGCUCCGCCUGUGGAAGGCUCGCCAGUGCGGCCACUUGACCUGCACCGCGGACACCAACGUCGACUGCGGCCAGUCCGACUGCUACAACUCCGCCGCCCACCCCCCAGACUGCCCCCCCGCCUCCUGCCGCUGCCGCAGAUACUUCACUCAGCCCGAGCGCAUCGUCACCCACGAGGCCGACGCAAAGUGCCCCCGGUGCCAAUGA